CGACGUCCUGCUGUUACCGUGGAGACGGAGUAAUAACAACGUUCAACCGGAGUUCACGGUAAUUAGCUAAACAACAGAUUUUCCAAAUAAACCCCGUUAGUUGUGGAAGAACUGGAUGGAGACGGUGCCGGAGUCAGACAGCGAGGAGCAAGUUAGAGGUGGACAGAUAUGGAAGGACAAAGAGGAGGAUGAGCGAGAGUCGACAAAGCUGGACCGGACUCUCAGUGACUCCAACGUUUCAGCUUCUCAGGAGCUUCUGCUGGACUUUGAGACUGCAGACGAGCUGUGUCCUGAGUCCUACAGGGUUAACUCCCCCGACGAAGUUCGACUGUUGGCCAUCGGCGACAACUUCCAGCGUCAGUAUUCACUCUUGUAUCCCGACCGCAAACCCCUGCUGCUCUGCCCUGUCAACGAAUGCGGUGUUAAGAAGUUUGUGUCGAUGACUCUUCGGCCAACACCAACUGAUUACCCUGAACUUUUCACCUGGGAGGGCUGUGCCUCCUUUGUGGCUAACUUCCUGUCCCUGGACCCUUUGGAGCCACCUGUGGAGCUGCCCAGGUACCUGUUCUCCUCCACCUCGGUGCUGCAGAGUCAGAGAGCCACGUGUUUUGAAUUCGCCACCCUGCUGUGCAGCCUGCUGCUCGGCGCCCACUAUGACGCCUACUGUGUCAACGGCUACGCAGUCAGAGAGAUGUGUCUGCUCGACCAGAGCCUGCAGGAGUGCCCCCUGCUGGACACAGAGGUCACGAGUGUGAUCUCAGAGCAGAAGCCACAGGAGAAUAAAUACACAGUGAAACCUCUGAGGGACCUGAAGAGUCACUUUUUGACGCAGCAAGAGAGGAAGAAACAGGAUGCCGAAGCUGCGUUGCUUCAGAAACAAAAACUGCCGGAGGAGAGCCAGCAGCGACCUGCUGACCCCCUGCGAGGUCUGCGGGUGCACUGUUGGGUGCUGGUGCUGUCGGGGAGUCGCAGCGUCCAGGAGAACUUCUUCAUCGACCCUCUGACCGGGAACCGCUACACCACUGGCGAUGACAACUUCCUGGGCAUAGAGAGCGUGUGGAACAAUCUCAACUACUAUGUCAACAUGCAGGACUGCAAGAACGGCUGCGCUGAUAUGGUGUUUGACCUGGAGGAUUUAAACAUGUGGGAGCCAGUCUUGUACGGUGCAACCAGCAAAAAGCAGCUGAUUCUCGACGUCCUGAAGAAAAAGGAGAUGAUGAUGAGCAAAACCAACAAUGAUGAUGAGGAGGAGGAGCCCCGAGUGUUUGAGAUGCCGAGAUCCUGGGUCAGUUACAUCACUAUCUCAAAAAAAGACCUGGAGAACCGUUUGCCGGGAAAGACGAAGGUGAUCCGCUACAGAAAAGCAAAGCUGGAGAUAUUCGCACCGUACCUGAGGUCAGACGGCCUGGUCACACGACUCACUGCGUACAAAGACCUGGACUGCACUGAGGUCGUCAAGGUGAAGGAGUGGUAUCAACACAGAAACGACCACCUGGAGGAGCGUGAGGUCAACAAGGUCGACGACUUCACCACAGAGCGCUUCAAACACGGAAGACGUUUCCACCUUUUAUCUCACAGGUACACGACCUUGACCACAGACACUGAGCAUGAGAUGGAGUUCAGCAGGGCUCACGUCGAUGACCUGGUGCGGCGCGUCGAGUCGCCAGGUGAAAUGACGGAGUUCUUCGAGGGCCGGGCCGACUUCCUCUACUUCCGGCACGUCGUCUUCGAUCGGCACGUCCAGUUUUCAGAACCAGAUGUGGACACUGAUCUGGGAAACCGACCGCUACAGAAAGUGGUGGAGCGUUUCCACAGGAACAGCUCCAAACCGGCCAACGAAGACGUGGCCGAGCGAGUGUUCCUAUUUGCUCAAAGACGGAUCGAGCUGACCUAUCACUUAGAGGGUCAUCGAUUUAUCCCUUCAAAGAGGAGCUUCAUCAAACCACGAGAGUCGACGGAGAUAAAGAAGGCCGAGGACUUUACACCUGACAUGGUCUCCGGCUUCCAGGUGGAUCCAUCUGAGAAGCCUCUGAAGACCCUGACUCUGUAUAAGAUGCUCGUGGCUCUGAUGAAGGAUGAGGAGAAGGUGGCUCUCCAAAUCAGCGUGUCUAUGAAAGAGGUCAGAGACAUUGUGGCCUGCAGAGAGCAGGAGGAGGCAGACAUUCAGCUUCACUUCUCCCCGUGGACGACAACAGGAGCUGCCAGAGCCCGAAGCCAAAGACAGGAAAUGGAGCGUCUGGCUGCGGAGGAGCAGAGGUGGCUGCAGGAGAAGGAGAAGGACAUCCUGGCUCCCCUCCUCAUCCGUCUGAACAACGCAGAGACUCUGAGCGCCGAGGACGCCAAGCAGCUCCACCAGGACUGUUUGGCCGAGUUUAAACAGAGACUGGUGGAGCACGCCAACCUCAUUCAGGAACGCUACGAAAAGGAGACACAGGAGCUGCAGAGGAAACAGCAGUGGUUCCAGAAGAACCAGCUCAGCAUGACCAAGAAGCAGGAGGAAGAGUACCAGAACUACUGCUCCGACAAAACACUACGGAUACUCGUCGCCAAGAAGCGGCUAAGCAUGCACAAGGAAGCAGCUCCUCAGAAGUACCGAGUUCUGGAUCAGAGGCUGAAACGAGACCCUCGACUGGCCCCUCACCUGCUCAGCUGAGCCUGACACCUGCCCUCUUUUUUAAAUAUCUUGUGUGUCUUUUCUUUCCUCCUAUAGUGGAUCUUCUUCCUCACAGAGUCGGUGAGGGGGGCCCAGGUGUGUGUUGUCUCUGUUGUCUCUGUCACAGUACAUCCGUGUUAGAUGAUUCUCCAACAAAAGUGAAAUUAACCUGCAAAACAGUCGAGCUACAAAAUACAUUAAGGUGAUUCUAUUACUGGUUCUAAUAAGUUAUUAUCGCUAUUAUCUGUACCCCAGGAGCAGCCUCAUGUCUGGAGCCGCUAACGGGGAUCUAGAUAAAUAUGUGUCUGUCUUUCCAAAAGUCUUUGUUACAAAUUGCUCACUUUCAUGUCAAGGUAUAAGGAAUAGAAAUGCUAACAGAAAGUAAGUAGAAAAUAUAACAAAAAUAAACAAACUUAAAAAUAUAAAUAUAAAAUAUAAAUAUAAAGCAGUGUGGAUAUGCAGUAUUUUACAAUAUUACCAGAAGUUUAAAAAAAGGGUGUUAAUCAUCACAUCUGCAUUUGUAAGUAAUAAGUUUAUUUUAUUCCUGCUUAUAAUUGACCUAUAUAAAGUUUUAUUAACCAUAAAUAAAUCCUUCAAUUACAAAUUAUAAAACUUUUAUAAAGUUGUUAUUGAAGGCGAGACAUCGCAGUUCAAAAUAAUGAUUUGACAGAUUUCAAGUUAUUUUGCAACGAUUGUUACCAUACUUUCAUAAAAUGUAAAAACAAUCUUGAAUAAUGUAUAUAAACAUCAAUAUUUGUCUAUUUUAUACCGUCAACUGCAGAUCGUGUAAAUUCCAUCUUUAUCAGCGAUUUACAUGAACAGGUCUUUUUAAAAAUCAUUUAUUAUUCGUUAUCAGUUUUGUUUUCUAGAGCACAAUGUUAGCUAGUCCUUAUAUCAGAUAUCUAUAAGAGAUGUGACGGUCAGCUAAGUGUUUCUGUUGUGUUGACUUAUUUUUAACAGCCAUUUUCUCAAAAUGACAAGUUUCCUGUACGCCAAGUCAUUUUCCUCACCCUUCAAGGCUGUUAAAUCAUCAUAACUUUACACUCUUAGGUCUUAUAGCGAGACAUUUACUGAGGGUUUUUAAAAGAUCUUGUAUCAUUCUCAUUUUAUGUGGCAUUUUAUCUGUAAGUAUGUGGGGGAAAAGGGUCCAUCACACAUAUAUAUUUUGAAUAAAUCCAUGAAAAAAUAUAUAUUUAGAUAAACCAUUCUGUUAAUGUCUGGCCAUUUGGUAUAUCACAAUAAAACCAAAUAAAUCCA